AUGCUUUCGUUUGAAGGACAGAGAAGGUUAAGAGACCUUCUAUUUGAAACAAUGAUACUAGAAUAAAAGGCAGAGUACUUAAGAGAAGAUUUGUGCAGAGUAUAGAUAUUUGAGCCCUAUGCAGCUUUUUAGCGUAUUGCAAAUGAUCCUAAUAAAAAAUAUAUCUAUGUAGAAGACAUUCAGAGAUUUUUACAUUAAAACAGAUUUAAUUAGCCAUAUGAAAGUUGUCUUAUGCUCAUUAAGCAAUACGAAUCAUUCAAAAACUCGUUCCACCUUUCAUAUAUAGAAUUUUUAGAGAGCGUUUUCCCUAUUAUGAAUGUGAGACUAAGAGAAGAAGUAGCAUAGAGGGAUAAGCAGGAGUUUUAGGAAUUGCUUGACUUUGAUGUAGAAAAUGCUUUAAGCUAGUUGAUUAAUUUCGAAGUGAGUAGCUUGCAAAAAUUAGAUAGACUGAAAGGAGAGCUUAGAGAUUCAGAUUAAAACUUUUCUCCUAUAAACUGCUUUAAGGCUAUAGAUUUGCAGACAUUAGGGUUUAUAGAUGAUGAUGCCAUCCGCAAUUUCAUGGUAAAGAAUGGAACGGUUUUAACUGAGAAUCAAGCUUAUUUUAUUGUAAGAAGGAUAAACAAAAAUAAAACAGGCAAAAUCACUUUAGAAGAAUUUAGUUAAUAUAUUGUGAUGUAAUAUAGUUCUUAGUUUGAUAAGAAUAUUGAUCGCACAAGAGCUAAAAGUUUGAAUACAAAUAACAGCUAUUUAGAUUAGGAUUACACAGAUUUUUACCUUUAAAAGUAUAACUACAUUAGCAAUAAAAAGACAGACACUUCUCUACAUUUUUCAAGGAAGAAUUUAAGCGGCUCAUAAAGUGAAUUACAAAUCUAAGAUCAAAUUAAUAACGAAGAUUAUGUUUAGCAGUUGAAUUCUUCUUAUGCUAACAAAAGAAGUCUAUCAAACAAUAAGAGUAAAAAAGAAAUGACUCAAUUUGAUAGAUAUGCUCAAACAAGUGUUAAAAAGUAAAAAGCAUUGAAUGAAAAUCAAGCAGAAUUAUUAGAGUAACAAGAAGAUAAUAAUGCAAGUAAGAAAUUUUCUUAAUCUGCUUAAAAGUUUAAUGAAAGUUAAGGAAAUAAAAUAACUUUUGGCAUUGAAUAAAAGUUUAGCAAUAGCAGCAAUAACAAUUUAUUUAAUAAUUAUUAAAAUAAAUUCACUAAAACAUAUGCAAAAUAUCCUUCUUAAAAUGAAUUUAAUAACAAUUACAGUUCUUUAAAGAAAAUAAUGAUGGAUUCAACAGCUCAAAGCUUUUAUAUGCCAAACACAUAAAAUUAAUUCUAUAGAAACUCUACUCUCUCCCAUUAAAACUAGUUCGAAAUAUUUGGCUCUUAGUAUAAGGGUUUGCCAGCUUAUCCUACAGUCGUAGAGGCCUAAGAAGAUAAAUACAAUAAAGAUUUCAUAGUUUUCCUCCAAGAUUUAGUUCAAAUUUCAUAAUUAGACAGAAACGUUGAAAAUGCAAAAUUGGAGUUUUUAGGAUUAAUUAAUUUUAAUAUUAGCAAUUUGUUUGAGUUCAUGGAUAAAUUCAAGAGAAACAAUAUCGUUUACUAAGAAUUGAAAGACUUUAUAAAUCUAGAACUUAAUUUCAAGUCUUUCACCACAGUUGAGUGUUAGAUCAUUUUCUAAUACUUUGAUAUUCACUCCAGAGGAUUUAUUUCCAAAGAAGAUCUCAUUCAAAAAUUCACUCCAUUAAAUCCCUUUUUGAUCAAUGAAAAGCCUUAUAUCAAAAUUAAUCUUUUAUCCGAAGCAGAGAAGUAAAAGUUGAAAUUUUAUUUCUAGCAGAUAGUAAAUAGCCACAUAAAAAUAACUGAGAUUAAGCAAAACUAUACAACUAGAAACAAUUAUAAUUACAAUUCUUUAAGUCUAAAUGAACUCUUCAAUAAGUUAGAUAGAGAUAAUGACUCAUUCAUCAGUAUUUAUGAUCUUAAAAUUAAGUUGGAAGAAGAAAAAAUUGAAGCACCCUCAAAUGUAAUCGACUUCAUAUUCUACAGGUUUGAUAAAUUAAACUUCACAAAAAUAUCUUUCAGUGACUUCAUAAAAGAAUUCAGCUCAAAUAAACCCUGA